AGCAAAUACAUUUCUAAAAAUGCGAACUAUGACUUUUUUUUAUAGGCUAUAUAUAAACAUCUGCAAGUUCUGACGGUGAUCUCGUGUGCUGGUCGUUCUCGGAGCUUUUCAAAUCGUUUUCCUACGCGCACACACUGUGCGCGGUACCUCCUUGAUACGCCUCUCCGACCUUGAGCUCCGGGAAGGUGAGCCCCCAACCCGCGGCUCCUGGGAACGCGACGAGCAGGUCGCACUCGAGUCGACGAUGGUCGUAAACGUCCUCCAUAAAUAAGUCAUAUUGAUGUACGACCCGUCUCAGACCCCCAGCAGUACUGAGAGUUAUAGUACGCUAUGUGUCGGAGAAUGGGCGAGUUACUGCUCUAUAGGAGCCACAUAGGCCUAUAUCAAGGAAAUGUAUUUGAAAUGGGGAAACUGGUGAUUAUGUGACUGAAUACCGCCCCCUCCCCUCCCUUCUUCAUCUCUCCUCCUCCCCCCUCUCCCUACCCCUUCCUUCUGCGGGACGUCUUGUCCCAAACUAUAACCCAAUCGUUGCGUGUUGCGUACUUUCUGCUCCGCCUCAACCUGGAUCCAAAGAAGGAAGAAACCCCACCGGGUGCACAUCUUGUGCGCAACGACCAGCAGCGCAGCACAGCUGUACGGUGAGGGAAGGGUGUGUGUCCGUGCGUGUGUGUGAAGCUGUCCGGCCGUGACCGACCCAGUUGCGGUGCAGUGUUGUCAACACUGCCGCACUCUCCGUGACCGGCUUGGAGAGAACCAGGACCACAGCUGGAGCCCCCCUCUCCCCGUCUUUGGCUAUCCCUAUCAACCGCUGGCUCCAGUUUGAGGCACCAUGAGAGCGGUGAGCAGCAAGCAGGGCUCCGCCGGCGGCAGCAGCAGCGCCGCGGCCACAGAGAAGCAGAACGGCGGGGACAUGAAGCGCAGGCCCAGCUACCCGGGAGACCAGCGGGUGAAGCACGCCAACCUGUCCACCAAGAUCUGGGUCAAAGUAGCUAUGGCCAUCGCGUACUUCCUCUGCGUGUCCGUCGCGGCGUUCAUACUGGUCAUCUACUACGUGUUUUUCUGGACGCCGGAUGCGCAUUACAACAUCACGGGCAACGGCACGGACCCUCCGAACCGCACCGACUGCGCUCCGAGGUCCGGGUGACCGCCGCUCCGCGCCCCGGUCAGCGGAACACGGGCUGCCGUGUCCCGCUGCGGCUCAUGACGGACACCGGUGACACGCGCGGAUUUCUAUAAGAACGCUCCGUCCUGCACCUGGAGUUGGGGAUGCGACUGAAGAAGAGCCGAUGCCGCUGGCGGGGGGGGAGAAGGGGGUCGCGGAGCCAGGAUAAGUGCAUCAGUGCUCCGCAUGCAGAGGGGGGGUGUGUGUGUGGAUACGGACUCGCUUCACACACAGGCACGCAGUCCCCCUGACAUUAUGGGAUGUUUAUACUCUGCACUGAGCAACUCUCUUUCCACGAAGAAGACUGGGGAUGACACAAACACACACACGUAUACUGUAAGCCGACUUUCUCACACACACACACACACACACACACACACACACACACACACACACACACACACACACACACACACACACACACACACACACACACACACACACACACAGUCACACAGACACACACACUGUGUCCUCCACUGUGCUAUGUAUCUCCACAGCACGGUGCUGUGUUUUCAUUCAGGUAUUUAGAGGAAUUCAAAGCGAUAAAGUACUGUAGCGGUAGCAGUAUAAGUAGCCUAUUCAUAUAGACAGCAUCGCCGGUAGCUUGUAGUAGCUAUAUGAAUGCACGGUGGUCACUAUGUAUUAUUUCAGAUGCAACCGUUUUAUCGUUCACAGCAACUUUUAGCCUACCACAUGACAUGACGUGAGAAUAACCAAACGCGACGUCACGUGUUGACCCCCGAGCCUCGGCUCGGUUAAUCCAGUCCCGCGACCCGGACGCUCUUUAGACUGUUUUAUUGACAAUGUGUAGCCUUCCGGGUUUAUUGCUAUAAUAUGAUAAACUAUGCAUUAUUAGCCUA